CACGAUCAUCGUUUUGUCCCAACGAAGACACAAAGAUUGAAGCUCUGGUCUUCCAUCCGCUUGUCGAACAAAUGGCAUAUUCACGAACGUCUCUCGGGUCGUUCCUGAGACAUGCAAAAUCCGGCCUAGCUAGCGCCAUUGCCAAAGGCGACAAGGUCAAAUUCGUCAUUGGAAAUGAGUCCGCAGACCUGGACUCACUUACAUCAUCACUGCUUUUGGCAUAUAUCCGCUCGACAGCCCCUCCGGCAAAUGCAUCUUCGCGCAUCUAUUAUCCUGUUUUGAAUAUUCCCGCGCGAGAUAUCGAGCUUAGACCGGAGUUUCUUGCCUUACUCCCGCAUGCAAAUGUCGACCCAGGCUCAUUGAUAACCCUUGACGACCUUCGGAAAAGAGAGACCUCUCCCUUUGCGCUGGCUCCGCAAGCGACAAGUUGGAUCUUGGUGGACCAUAAUGCAUUGCAAGGCUCUUUGGGCUCCGUCUAUUCCGCACGUGUCAUAGGAUGCAUAGAUCAUCAUGAGGACGAGCACCAAAUACCAGAUGACACCGGCGAUGAACCACGAAUCAUCAAGAAGAGCGGUAGCUGCACGUCACUAGUCACGAAUUACUGCCAAGGUAUGUGGGACAAGAUAUCGGCGGACGCGAGUACUUCGAAUGAAAUGAAAGCUGGCGACGAUGCCGCUAGUCUUGGCCGGGAUGCAGCUUCUUCCUCAUUGUGGGAUACUCAGGUUGCGAAGCUCGCUAUCGCGAGCAUUUUGAUAGACACCAACAAUCUGCGAGACAAGGUAACAGAACAUGACGUACUUGCGGUCAAAUAUCUCGAGUCAAAGAUAAUAGCUUCGCAAGAAGGGAGCAAAAGCUAUUCCAGAGACCAGUUUUUCAAGGAAAUCAGCGAGGCAAAACAGAACAUAGGGCAACUGAAGUUGCAUGACAUUCUUCGAAAGGAUUACAAAGAAUGGACCGAGGGCGGUCAGGUUCUUGGGAUCAGCUCUGUUGUCAAGGAUAUUGACUUCCUGGUGGAGAAGGCGGCGCAGGAGGGUUCCGGAGGAAAUAAAUUCGAGUUAUUCGUCCAGGCUGUCGACUCGUUUGCUAAGGACAGGGGGCUUGGAUUGUAUGCCAUUAUGACCACGUCCACGUCACCAGAGGGCGAAUUCCAACGAGAGCUUUUCGUUUCAGCAACUAAUGCACAGACUGUCGAAGCAGCAGCGAAAUUUGUCAACCAUUCGGCAACGGAACUUGGACUUGCAAAGUGGCGUGGUCCAGUGGACGGUGUCGAAUAUUCGAGAGCCGAUUGUUGGCGGAGAAUUUGGCAACAGAAUAACGUUGCGCAUAGCCGGAAACGAGUUGCACCACUUCUCCGAGACGCAAUGAAAUCUGAGGACACGGAAGGAGGAUGGCAGAAGCAAUGAGAGACAUGGCUUGCUGUGGACGGGGUAGCACAUUGCAUCUGUCGAAACGCAUGUCGCGGCAAAAGAAAUGAGACUUUGAUACGGACGAUUUGGCUGGAGAUGACCGCAAAGCUGAUGGGAAUCUUACAUCUUGCACUCACCGACUGAGACGCGCUGGGCGAAUGGGCCUGAUAUUCAGACCGGCUGCAUUCGUACUUAUGAGCACAUCGUAUUGAUGACCAUCUGUUACCAGGGUUCUCCAUGUCAUAGAGACUUUGAGCAGAGGUACCAUUUAGCAUUUUUUACGUAGCAACGUGAACCUUGAAUGAACGUCUAAUCGGUGGAGAUUGACAUGUCCAACAGCAAACGGUAACAAAUCC